UAUAUAGGUCAGAAACUUAGGUCUCCAUAAAGAAAGGAAGACCAUUAAAGAAGGAAUAAAUGAAGAUAAAACAAAAUCUUUUAUUUUUCUUAUUUUUCAUUGAUCCAACAAUAAAGUUUGUUCAAAAUAAUAUAUUAUUCAUAAAAUGUGUUGAGUAAUUAUAGUCUAUGAAAAAGUGAAACGAAUGAUAGCAGUCUUACAAAGGGUAAGAAAGAAGAAUUGGCUGUACUCUGUUAUGAGGUACCUGCACUCCCUGUGAAAUGGUAGUGUUAUUUGAACAUGGACUUGGAUUAGUUGUAAGUGUAUAUUGCAAACUCUAAGACUACCAGUAAAAGUUUUAAAAAGUAUAAUUGAUGUGCUAAGAAAGAAGUGGAAUAAUAGAAAAUACUCAAUUAAAGCCAGAGAAGGCAAAAAAUAAAAAUAAAAAAUGGAACACACACAAAAGAAAAAAAUAAAGGUCAAUGAAUAUAAAAAAGUUACAAAUAUGGUCAAUAUUAACCCACCUUGUCAAUAAUCACUUUAAAUGUGAAUGGUUUGUACACACCAAUUAAAAAACUCUAGAGACUAUCACAGUGGAUAAAGAAACAAGACCCAACUCUAAGUUGUCUACAAGAAACCCACUUUAAAUAUGAAGGUACAUACAGAUUAAAAAUAAAGGGUGGAAUGGAGAGAGAUACAGCAUGCUAACACUAACCAAAAGAAAGUGGACAUAGCUGUAUUAAUUUAAUUAAUUAAGUGUAUGCACUUAACAAGGGCAACAAAAUAUGAGGCAAAAACUGUUAGAACUGUAAAGAGAAACAAAUCUAUUAUAGCUGGAGAUUUUACACCCUUCUAUUAGUAAUUAACAUAUCUAGAUGGCAGAAAAUCAGUAAGGGUAUAAUUAUACCAAAUAGCACCAUCAAUCAACUAGAUCUAAUUGACAUCUACAGAAUAUUUCAUCCAGCAAUAGGGGAAUACACAUUCUUCUCAAGUUCACAUGGAACAUUUACAAGCUAGAUCACAUUCAUGGGUCAUUAAAAUACACCUUAACGAAUUUAAAAGAAUAGAAAUGACACAAAAUAUCAUCUCAGAUCAUGGUGGAAUUAAAAUAGACAUCAGUAACAGAUAGCUGUAAAAUCCCAAAAUAUUUAUAGAGAUUAAACAAUAUGCCUCUAAAUAGUACAUGGGUCAAAGAAAUAGAAAUCUCAUGAGAAAUUUUAAAAUACUUUGAAUCACAUGAAAAUAAAAAUACAAUUUUUCAAAAUUAAUUGAAUGCAGCAAAAGUUGUGCUUAGUGGGUGCCACCGGCAGUGUUGGCAGGGACUCUCCAUCCAGACUGGCUUCACCAUGUCCAAGGUUUCCUUUAAAAUUAUGCUGAUGUUGGAACCACGGCUGCCAUACAAAGUACUCACUGUUCCUGAAAGUACACCUUUUACAGCAGUCUUAAAGUUUUCAGCAGAAUUUAAAAUUCCUGCAACAACAAGUGCAAUCAUUACCAAUGAUGGACUAGGAAUGAAUCCUACACAGACCACUGGAAAUGUUUUUCUAAAGCAUGCUUCCAAACUGGGAAUUAUUCCUAGAGAUCGUAUUGGAAGUAGAUAAUACCAGCUAUUUGGAACGUAGGAUUACCUUUCAAAAUAAAUAUUAGUAUUGUUGUAAACACCAAUAGUAUAUGAAAUAGUGAAAGGUGACUCUGUCAUUCUGUAUUCACACUCUUCAUGUGAAAAAGAUUAAUGCUUGUGUGUUGAAGGUACCAUCUCAGAAGAUCAUAGUCUUUUCAUUGAUACCUCUCAGCACACACAAGUAGUUCAUUUGGGGUCAAUGGAUUAUCCAACUGUGUUUUAUAUCUGGAGGAUGCUUCUGAAAAUUC